AGGCUUGCAGUAAAACCUAAAAACUCAAGAUGGGUCAUGGUAUCGGUGGUUACGGAAUUAUUAUGAGGCUGAAAGGAAUGGCAAACUACGAGUUGAUGCCAGUUGUAGUCAUUGUUGGUGCAGUCUGCGGGAUGGCAGGGGCCUUCUCAACAUAUUCCUUAUUCAAAAAGACCGAUGUAGCGUUAUUCAAGAAGUCAACCCCACAUCCAUGGGUUAACGUACAGGAGACACAAAAACAAAAGUUUCUGACCUAUGGGCUUGAAUACAAGGCAAAGCCAGCAAUCGAACAACUACAGAGAGAAGUAGGAAGCCGAAAGUAAAACGAAAAGCAGAAGAUACUUGUCUCUAUAACUUCAGCUCUUCAAGUUUUAUAUGCACAAGAAACACAUCAUGACUAGACUACAAAGGCGCAACUGUUAUCCAUUAACACCCAGGCCAUGGCUGUCAGCACAGAUAGAAGAAUAAUUAUUGUUUGUUGCGGACCCCCCCCCCCCCAAGAAAAAGAAGCAAAUUCUCUGCGCUGACGCCCAUGUCCAGACCCGUAUUCUGAAGUUGGGUUUAAUUCUAACUCUGGUCUAAAUUUGUGGUUUAACUAUGGAUAGCCAAUUGUGACACUAAUCUGUAUUAAACAGUAGAGGUUCAAUUUGCACUUUUGCUGCUAAAUUUAUUCAAAACUGUCUAGGAACAAUAACAAAGAGGUUUUCUUCACCACUAAGGAAAGAGGAAAUAAUGCAGUAAGAUAAUGAACAUACAAUGUCAACACCAUUCCUACAUUUAUGGCAUUUCAUAAUUUUAGCACGGAGUUAGGCCGUGGUCUUGAUUUAAAUUUGACAUCAGAAUACGGGCCUCGGGGUCUUGUUGCAUAAAAACUUAUAGUAAAUUAACUACCAUGGUAACAGGGGCUCAGCAGCCAAUCACAAUCAAGGUUUCCAUGGAAAUUAAAAUAGUUGAAAAGUUACCACAGAACUUGAAACUUUAUGAAGCAGGUCCCAUAUAUUAGAGGAAGUUAGAGAAGUAGUAAUGUAGAAUUUGUAAGAAUAUAUUGAUAUGUAGAUACAUGUAGUUCACUUUCAAUGUUAACUCCUUUCAAACUCGUCGAAUUAGACAUUUAUGUACUACCAUAAUAGACAGUCAUCACUAACUAGGAAGCUUCUUCCCAUAUUGUAGCAGUUAUAAAGAAAAAGAAAAAGGAAUUAAAAGGCAUUAAAUGAUGAAGCACUAUUGGUUUCCUAUGAAUCCACUGGAUAAUGAAUUAUGGUGAUGGUACUGUAUCAAAAUGGAAAGCAAUAUUGUUGACUGACCACUAAUCCUACUAUUCCUGUUAUGAGCUUCACGGAUUUGCGAAGAUAUUGUUGGAUUAUAAACAGAUGGAUUUAUUGUAGAUUUGCAGAUAAUCAAAUAAGAUAGAUAGAUAUACCUUAGAAUUCACAAUGAGAAAUGUAUAUAUUGAAUUUAUUGUUUGUAGAAACUUGGUUGAUUCUCUUUGUAUUUUGUGAUGCAUUCUCAUUAGUACUAUAUUUUGAAGGUGAAUUACCUUGUUUCAAAAUGGUCACAAUGGAACUUGUUUCAAGAAAGUAAUAAAAAGUACAAAAGAGAUAAAUAUAA